AUGCGGGCUAGCAGAAACCCAGGUAUGCCGAACGAAUACAACUCCAUCAAAAUCUUCGCGGAUUUAUCAGCGGACACUCUCCAAUUCAGGAAAUCAAUGGCGCCGAUCACCUCCACCCUGCGGGAGCAUGACCUGAAUUACAGAUGGGGAUUCCCUGCCAAACUUCUGAUCUCCCACCAAGGGGCCAUACACGCCAUCACGACCCUGAAGCAAGGCGUCCAGAAACUAAGAGAUUGGGGGCUUCCCCAACCGGCGACAGAACCAACUAAAACAAAAGUGCCCAAGAUGUCACUGGAAUGGACUGUCAAACGAAAGACUGCCCUUCCCCUGGAACACGCGUAA